AUGCUCACGCCCAUACGGGUUCGCGGUCGCAGGAGAAAAUACCCUGAUGAUGGAGCCCCCAAACCAAAACCCAGUGGACCCAAGGGUGGGCGACCCAUGAUAUCUCACCAGACCAAGCUCGAAUCAUCUCAGGCGCGAAGCCACAAACGAGCUCGUCUACUCGUCGUCAAACCCACCAAACCCCGGCAAUCGAUCCUGGAAUCCCUCCCCGUCGAGUUGAUUGAAAAGAUCUUCCUAUACUCUCUCAAUGUGAACUUUGCUCGCUGUUCCUCAGCCCUAGGCGCAACCGUUUCGAGUGAGCGCAUAUACAGAGCGUUGAUCCUGUUGGCGUUUUGGGAUGACUCGUCUGCUACUACAGGAGUUAGAAGUCAGGCCCCAGAGGCCGCAAUAUCCAGGAUUCUCCGACCUGUCGAUUACCACCCUCUCAGCCAUGCGGAGCGGAGACACCUCCAGGACACCAUCCUUCGCUGCAAAUGGUGCACAAUACAGCGGCUUCUGGCGCAGCUACCGGACCUUAUGAACCUCACCAUUCAACGACACUGGUUCGGUGCAGGAAUCAGCAUGGCCCCAUAUGAUCAAGAAUCAUUGACCCGAUUCCUCGCUCAGAAAGAAGACACUCGCGUCUUCGAAGGAACCGACAGCAACGGUGCCAAUCACUACACCCUUACUGUAGCACCCCUAGUCUCAGUAACAAUCACCCACCAUGAAACCAACCAAUCAACAACCUACCCCGUCCUAGGCGUUCUUCUUAUCCCCGAUAAACUCGUUGAAGACCUCUCUAGCCAUGAUCACGUCACCUACCUCGAACUCCUCCGCAUAGCCAGCGGUUUGAACCGCGCCGACCUCGUCAAACCGACUGUCUCUGUGUCCCAUGAAUCCCUGCAAAUCGGCAUCCACAAUGCCCUCAUCGAAAACAACACAGCCGCUUUAUCCACCCUCCUCAAGAUCGAUGAAUACCACUUCCGCAGCGAGAACCAGUCCCUCAAUCCAACUACUGCUGUUCCAUACGUCCUCCCCGCAGAACAUUUUCGCACGGCUGUCCGGUUCGCCCGGCAUGACACGACGUUCUUCCAGCUUCUCGUGCGCGCUAGUGCGGAGUCUGUUCCGGCCGAUGAUUCGGAGAUUACAGAAUGGGCUGUGAGCUUGAAUAACGCAUUUGGGCGCUGGCUGUUGAUUUUGAUGGAGCAUUUGCCGCAGCAGAUUCGGGCCGCACAUGCGAACCCGGCGGAAGAUGCAGUGUUUUACCUGGGCCGGGCGAACGGACAGAGAGAGCUGGCAAGACGGUACUUGAGAGAGGUAUUGGGUCUGGAAGAGUUGGGAUGUUGGAUGGAGGAGACGAUGUUUGAUGCGUCAGCGCUGUGGAAGGUGGACGUCGACUGA